ACUCUUAUGGCCCCGCCCCUCAUCUGCGGCCUAGCGGAAUCUUUUGCAUCAGGCCUGUCUCCACUGCCUGAGACCCAGCUUCCGGUGGGACGCUCCCACUGUUGGCUGCCUACCCUCCCUGUCGUGGGGCCUCCUCUGUCGUCCCCUCAGUGGCCGCCUCGUCCUGUCCCACCACCCUCAGCCUCCCCUCAGGGCAGCCACUUCAGGUGCCACCACCUGCGCUGUUGCUGUCAUCACCCGCCCAACUGAGGUAACUGCCUAGUGCCAUGUCCGCUACGAGGGGUGGAGAUCCAGCCCCUGACGGGCAGGAAGGCCCAGCAGGCAUGGCGGGGGUGCAGACCGGAACGGCCAGAGCCCGCGAAGGUGUGGACCGCAACUCCGGGCCUCGCAGGGGUGACGCCGUGCCUGAGGCUGGGGAGGGCGGAAUGGCCGGGGCCUCGGGAGGCCCAAGGGAGGUUGCCCUGGAAGGGGGGAGCCCCGAGGAGGACUCGGACAUCGGGCCGGCCGAGGACGGGGAGGAGGAGCAGGCAGGGGGCCUGGACCUCAUAGUGGAGGUGCGCCACUCCCCCAUGGCCGGCUUCCGCUUAACGUUCCUGGACCGGGUGCGCUCGUUGCUGAACGGCAUCUUCUGCAACGACCUAGUCCAGCCUCAUGGAGGCCACAUGUCAGUCCGGCACCGGGCCCAGCAGCACUCAUCUGAUCAAGGCUCGGCCGAGGUGGCCGAGUUCUCUGAGCUCCAGGUGUCGUCGGAUGGACCGGGGGAGGGGCCGGCGGGGAAGGCCCCAGCCCAGGAGGUGGAGGAGGCAGAGGAAGCCGAGGAAACCUCUUUAUGGGAGACAGCCACUGAGGAGUCUGAGGAGUCCAGCUUGUGGGAGAUGGCGCAGGAGCUGGCUGCCCCUGAGGAAAUAACUAAGUACCAGGAUGAGAACUCCGAAGAAGAGGUCCAAGACACUGAAAGUGAGGGGAAAGAAGAGAAGUAUAACAAAAAACAAGAAGAACCAGAAAAUAAUCUGGACCCAGCAAACGACAGGCCCAGAAAGUCCAGUUUGGAAGACUAGAAAGAUGGAGAAAGAAGGAUCAAGAUUUUUAGGUUUUUCAUUUUGCAGAAGCCCAUGGGAAUGUUAUUAACGCUGAUUCCAUUCCAAAAUUCAUUUCCCUAAAAGCGAUAUCCAAUAAAAUAUGAUUUUUAUCUUCUACAGAUA